CUUGCGGAUUGUUCUUGCAAAUGGCGGACAUGCCCAGUCGCGAUCGCAAGUCUCUGAGUGACUUAUUUGCCGAGCAAUUGCCCAAGGACGUGCCAUUUACCUUCUACCACUACUCGACGCCUCCCUCGAAGUCCCCGGCCCUCUUCUCCGCGCCGCCGCACGCCAAAUCAGAACGAACGUACUGCGAAUCACACUUCCUCUCCGCAACGAUUGUACCAAAAGAUGCCGCAAGCUCGCAAUUGCCUGAAGAGCUGAUCGUCCUUGCCAUCGAAGUCCUGAUCUACACCACAAAGCACCUCACGACCAUCUUCGUCUCGAAAGCGGACUCGACAGGGUAUCUUUCGGAGCUACAACUGCCACGAUCUCAAAGUGGGUCACCACUGAAGACAAUAUGCGGUACAUUCGUAUCAUGGCUAGCGAAAGAACGGCAGAGAGCGGGCAAGAAGCUGGUCAUAUCACUAUUUGCAAGAGCACAAGAUCAGUACCUCUUCCCAGCGAGCAUUGACAACAAGAAGAAGCACGUGCUCGAUGAUCGAGGGCUUGUAAAGUGGUGGUGCAAAGUCUUGGACCCAAUAAUAUGGCAAUAUCAGGCUGAAGAGGACCGCAAGCCUUUUCAAGAAAGGCUGACUGAAGGCAACGGCAGUGUGUCCACUGCAAGUUCUGGGACCACAGCCAAAGGCUACUUGGUCAUUCCAGGUUACGAAACCUAUGACACACUUCGAUACGCACCUCCCUCGCCCGUACCGAACACUCCUCGACGAUGGGCUGCCGCGCACCCAUUGCUACAGAUCGCGCCUCACCCGGCUGCACCACCUCGCUGCCUCGUACCACACUUCCCAGACGACCCAAAAGCACGCUUCCUCGACGAGCUGGACGAGGAGCUCCCUGAUAGAGGCGAAGGGGUAAUAGUCGAUGGAGGCACGCCGUCACGCAGUAGCGGCAUGUGGAAGAGUGUCAAGACACUGGACCAAUUCUGGGAAUUCAUGGCUUUUCGCCAGGAGUGCUCAUCUGGGCGGAUAGUGGGCUUCAUAUGGGUCGUCCUGACACCACCUAAGGAUGCAAUUGCAGAAGAGGAUGGAGACACAGCAUCUCAACUCUCGCAAGCGUCCCAGCAAUCAGCUCCCAACUCACAGGAGAGCCUGUCCACACCACGAAGAAAGAAGUCUACUAACAAGCGCCGAAUAAAACCCGAGAAGAAAACGGGUCCUAUUCCCCUCAUUCUUCCACGCAUCAAAUCAGGCUCGUCGAACCCCUCGACUUCCUCCGCCACUUCAUUAGCAUCCACAUCCAAAAUUCCAGAGACCAGCCUGUACUUUACAUGGCCAGCCUCAUCACGCGGCACAAUCUGCUUCAGCGAGAAGAACUACAAUCGCGCACAUGAAGUCCUGAUACACUCGUCUUUCGCCACCCGCGCAGCUACCGCACGAAGUACCCAGCAGUUCAAGAAGGAGGUCGGAGUACUCGGCGGUAUUACCCAGUGGGGUUGGACUGUAGUGGGCCAGAAAGAGGUUGCAGCGCCGGUGGCGAGUACAGUGGAAAGAGCGACGCCAAUCACUGUUAUGGGCGUGCGAAAGAAGAGGAAAGAUGGUGAUGUAUCGACAGCGAAUAAGAGUGGGGCAAAUACGUUGGACGCAGGUUUGGUGCGGAAGAAGGCGAAGAUUGAACCUACGCCUGUGCCUUCGGCAGGGAGCACGUACGGCGCCCAAGUGCUGGGCGCUGGGCUGGUGCGGAAGAAGCCCAAGCCUUGAGGGAUGACACUGGACUUUUACGAAUGAUUCACGAUUACUUUCGACCUUUGUAUUAACAAUUCAAAGCAGGCUUGGUUAUCCAAGGCGCGAUUCGACCAGGAUGGCUUUUGAGGGUAGCAAAUGCUGCAUUAUACACUAUUGACUAAGAAUUAUACUAUCUGAUCAUAUCUCC